GCGCGCGCAAUUUCAAAAGUUGACACAAACAGAUUCAAUUUAAUAAAACAAACAAUCAAACAGCAAUAUUGUGAUUACAUUGAUUGAUUUCAAUGAAUUUAAUUCUCAAUCAGCAAUACUAUACAGAUAUAAAGACUACAAGCAAAGAAUCAGCUCAACUUUUAUUCUCAUCAAAAUUAAAUAAUAAAAGUCAACCACAACAACAGAGACAAGAAAACUGCAAAUUAAUUGUAGCGGAUAAUACUGGCACUGUACACGUGUUUCAAUAUUCCAAUGGAUUAAAGCAUUUCAAAUUCACUGUGGAACAACCAAUCACAUGCCUGCGUGUAGGAGCCAAUAAACACAAACAUGCUAAACAGCAUAUAUUUAUUUGUUAUAAUUAUAAAAUAUCUGGAUUUACAUCGAAAGGAAAGCCGCUGUUUGAAUUUCCCACAAAUAUUCAAGGUCAUGUGAAUUCAAUGUAUGUAUUUGUUUAACUAAAUUGUGCAGGUUUAUACAAGAUAAAAAUAUUUAUUUUACUGUUGGAUGUAUGUAUCAAAGAAUAAUGAAUUGGAAGGAAAUGGAGUUUCUAUUACUACCAGAUAUGAUAACAAGUAUAUAUGUGAUAAAUGGUGUGGGAGGAAAUACCACCCAAUCGUUAUCACUGGUUGUACUGGCUUGUAAGGAUAAAUUAAUACGAGUGUUAAAAGAUGGUGUUGUAUUUUGUGAACUGGAAGUAUCAAGCCCGCCGGUCUGUUUAAAUGUAGCCGAUAAGGCAUAUUCAUCAGAUUAUCUCAUGUAUGGAACAUCAGAGGGGCAAUUUGGUCUUAUCCAAGUAACUAGUGAAAAGAUAUCAAAAAUAUGGGAAAUUACAUCGAAAUCUGGUUCCGAUGAAAUAUUAUCCCUUCAGCAUUAUGAUAUGUUAAAUAAUAAUAGUGAUAACUGCAAUAAUGUUGAUGAUGGCAAUCAUGAUCAAUUGAUUGUAUCCUAUUCAAGAGGAAGAAUUGAAUUAUACACUUAUGAUCAGAAUAAACAUCCUGUAUUAAUCUAUGAAACAAAUGUUAACCACCAUUUAACAUCUGUAAAAGCUUGUCGAUUUUCAAACAUCGAUUACCCUGAACUUUUAUGUGUCACAUAUACUGGUAUGAUAUUCGGUUUAACAACUGAACCAAUAAAAAAGGAGGUGCACAUCAAUCAACCUGAUCGAAUGCAGCUACAAUUCAAGACAAGGCUGACUAAAUUAAAUGAUGAAAUUAUCGACUUAGAAAAUCAACUACAACAAUUGAAAAGUACUCAAGAACAAAUUGAAAAAGAACGACUCAUUCUGAUACCAUUAGAAUUAGAUUAUAAAUUUUAUUUCAAUACACAAUUAGCUGCAUAUUGUUUAAAUUUAGAAACUCAGUUGCCAAUUGAUCAUUUAAUGAUACAAAGUGAUUGUUUUAUUGAUUUAUUGGAUGUUGAAGAUAGUACAGCUGUGUGUAGUUCAAGUAUUUGCAAAAAACCUGAUGGCAUGAUAACACUGACCACUUACAGAUGUCAAAUGAAUACAACACACUUUGAACUUCAAUUUCGUACUGUUGAAGGUCAAUAUGGUCAAGUAUUAGUAUAUAUUGUGCCAAAAAUGAAUACAUCAACUGUGACAGCGUGUAAAUCUAUUAAAUUAUCAAUACAUCCAUUAUCAUUACAUCGAUUAUGUCAUCAUAUCAAUGAUGGUAAUGGUGAUGAGAGUUACUCAGACAGACUUUGGAAUAGUCUUCAGUUAUCUGGACAAUUUUCACUAACAGAAAUGCACAACUGGUUGUCUAUCUGUCUACCAGAAACACCUGAACGUCCGACAAUCCUUACUGCUGUAACAAAUGAUAAUGGUGAUAAUCAAGGGAUGCAGGAAUACGCUGAAUUAUUUUAUACAUCAAUUUACUUUCACAGUCAAUUAAAAUGUUAUUAUGAGAAAGGCAAAGCAAGACUGUUAUCAGAUAAUAUAUCUACAAUAGCCAUCUUGAAAGAUGUUUUAACUAAAGAAGCGAAUAAGAGAAAGAUUCAAUUGACAAUUCAGCUGGAUAUUCAUCCAAAGAGUAGUGAAUAUAUGUUAAGAAAAAUUGACACUAAACUCACUUAUCUUAAAGAAUUAGAAUUAAAAGUUAAACUGAUUGAACCAAUUACAGAGUUGAUUUCAAACAAGAUUCAAUGUUUCAAUGCUUCAAACAACAAUAAUAAUACCACUGAUAUUGAUCCACUAGAACAAAAUAGAACAAAAUUAACAAAUACCGUAAAUGGGAAUCCAUUCCCUGACAGCUUACCAUCAGAAUAUGCAGAAAUAUGGAGAAAUUCAAAGGCAUUAAAAGACGAAUUUAAACAUAAAUCAUGUCAGUUGAAAAUAUAUUAUGAUCAGAUUAUCAAUUUGUACAUUGAUAAGUAUCGUUUUCAAGGCUUGGAUGUAAGCUGUAAUAAAGAUGAAUUAAUGAAAUUAUUACAAAAUUAUAACCUGGAGAAGAUAAUUGAAUAUUUUGAAAAAGAACCAACUCGUUAA